AUGCUUUACUUUUUUCUUUCUUUUCCCCCUCUUCCUUUAAAUGCUUUACUUUUUUCUUUCUUUUCCCCCUCUUCCUUUAAACUUUCUCCUUUUUCUUUCUUCUAUUCUCCUUCUUCCUUUAAGUUCUUUACCUCUUUCUUCUUUUCUACCUUUAAUUCUUUACAUCUUUCUUUCUUUCUUCUUCAACUAAUGCCCAAUAAAUAUUAUUUUAUUAUUCAGUGGUCACCAGACUACGGCCCACAGGACGGAUCCGACCCCUCCCGUCACUUCAUCCACCCCCCUCCCUCGACGUCACUUCAUCCGGCCCGCCGCUUAACUUUCCUGUCUGUCUACCUACCUACCUAUCUAUCUAUCUAUCUAUCUAUCUAUCAGUUCCUUGCCAAUAUUUUUUGUAAUUGUUUUCAUUUAUUCUUUUAUUUUUUUUUUCCGGAAUCACUCAUAUUCUUUCCUUCUUUCUUUCAUGUGCUUUUUCUUAACUUCUCCCUUUCCUUUCAUUUUUCAUUUGUUUCUUUUUUUUUUCCUGUUUUAGUUCUUCACUUCUGUAGACAUUUAUUUUCCUUCUUUUUUCAUAUUCUGUCUUUAUUCUUUCUUUCUUUCUUUCCUAGUCUUUAUUCUUUCUUUCUUUCUUUCCUAGUCUUUAUUCUUUCUUUCUUUCCUAUCUUUAUUCUUUCUUUCUUUCCUAGUCUUUAUUCUUUCUUUCUUUCUUUCCUAGUCUUUAUUCUUUCUUUCUUUCCUAGUCUUUAUUCUUUCUUUCUUUCUUUCCUAUCUUUAUUCUUUCUUUCUUUUCUUUCUUUAUUCUUUCUUUCUUUCCUAGUCUUUCUUUCUUUUUCUUUCCUAGUCUUUUAUUUUUCUUUCUUUCCUAGUCUUUAUUCUUUCUUUCUUUCUUUGUCUUUAUUCUUUCUUUUUCUUUCUUUAUUUAGUCUUUAUUCUUUCUUUCUUUUCUUUCUUUUUUCCUUCUGUGUUUUUUUUUUUUUUUUUUUUUGCUCUUUUUUCUUUUUUUAUCUUGGUUUCUUUCCUUUCUAUUUUUGUUAA